AUGGCAACAACAAAAACUGGGAACAAGCAAAGUCAUGAUGAGUUUCAUGUAUGCGAGCUUCGAAAAUACCCAGUCGGACCACCUCAACAGCCGCUAGCCUUGUUAGAGCUCUCGCUAGCUACAUCCAAGCAACUACUUUCCAGGACCUUCGACUUCGAACCCAAAUACUCCGGCGAAGACCUCUUAAAUCAAGUAAAGCAGCUCGACGCAUGGACAGGAGAUCAACUAGGAUUCCUCGAUGAAGCCCUCGACAAGUUCCUCUUCAAAGUCCUUGUCCACGACACAGACACAGACACAGACACAGACACAGACACAGACACAGACACAGACACAGACACAGACACAGACACUACUACCAAACCGUCCAACCCUACACGGCUAAUAAAAGAAGAGGAGAAGAGCAGCAAUUUAGUACCAGAGACUCAGACUAUCAAGUCGUUCGUCGCACUCAGUUACUGCUGGCACUACCCCAACUGGUCCGUAGCCCUCGGCCUCCAACAUGGUGUCGAUCCAACCACCAUCCCCGACAGUCCCCUGGCACCCGCCAUGUUCGCAGCCUUUCUUGCCGAGCGCUCCAGUCCCGAGGAGCCAGUCUGGUUAGACCAGUGGUGCAUCGACCAAACCAACGACGAAGAGAAGAUAGUCGCCAUAGGCGCCAUGGACGCGCUCUACUACAGUGCUCGUGUAGUGGUGGUUUGUCUGGAGGAUGUCCGUCUUAGUCCCGAUGACGCGGCGAUUAUACUCAAGUUUGCCGAGUUUGUUGAAAGGAAAGAGAAGCCGGAGUGGAAGGAGGAUAAGGAACAAGUACGUUUGUGGACGGCUGUCGAGCGGAUCUUUGCGGCGAGGUGGUUUAUAAGGGCUUGGUGCGCGCAUGAGUAUUGGAUGGCGAGGCAGGUGGUGUUUUUGGCGCCUGUUACUUCUGAUCCCGAGGCAUUGCCUGGAGAGGUUGGGGAGGUGGAGAUUGUGAGGUUUGAUAAUCGGUUUUUGCAGUUGGUGCAUUCUGUUGCUUCGAACUGGUUCUCGGGAGAGAAUGCGGAGACGUUUAGGAGACGGGAGAGAUAUCGAAGGGAAGCUUUUGAGGGGGAGGAGGCUUAUUAUUGGGGUGGUCGGGUGCCUGAGUCUAACGAGGAGGAUGCAGAGUCGUUCACCAAGAGGAGGGCAUUUGGUAUUGCGAACAAUCAACAUCAAAUGGGCGACCCUGAAGCAAAGCUGUUACCGCAAAUCAGUUCCUUCGCUGUCAUCCAGAGUCUCGCUGCGGGGUUUGAGAGGGACAAACUUUCUGUUUGGCUGAAUGCAUCGCGCACCCGCCUCUUUAUCAAACAUAACAAUCCCCUUUCGGAAGCGGAAAGGUCAUGGAUAGCGACCGUCGUCUCCCUAGCAUCAGGAGACGCCACGGUGCUGGCGGCCGUCGGUCCAACUCUCGCCGAUCGGGAUAGUCAGCACGGCCAAGUCGGGAAUAAAACCCCCAGAGAAACAGGUUGGGCAUGCGUGCCAGAGGUGGAUGACUACGUCCACCUCGGCUCAAGCCCUAUCUAUCCCGCGCUGGAUGGCAACCCAUCUCUCUCCUCUGAUGGACUCGCGCUGGACGCUAUCAUACUUGAUACCUCGUCUGGUAUGCAGAGUCCCCACCAUACCAGCAUGGCGGCAGCUAAAGGGGCGUUGAAAUGGUAUAGCGAACAGCGAAGCAAGUUUCCCUCCUCAACAGAAACAGAAUUAGGCGGAUGGGAAGACAUCGACACCAUCACCCCGCUCUACACUCUUCACCUCACAGAAGCCCUCGCCAUCCUCUUGGAACUGAGUGAUCCCCCUUCCUUCACUUGGACGCGUCUCUGUCUUUCUCAAGCGUUUCCUAGGCCAGGGUCAAAGUACGCGAAGCUUUUGAGUCAUCAGUCUUGUGUUUCUUUUUUGGAAGUUGGCUUUCUCUCGUUGAGCGGUGCUAGGUCUUCUUUGAAGGCUGUCGUCGAUGGCGAGAAUGAUGAUGAUGCGAACCUGCGAGCGGUGGAAGGUUACCUCAACACCUUCCACUCUCAAAACCCCGAUAUAACAUUCAAAGGCGUCACCGCCUUCCUAGCGAUAGCCGAGGGAAUCGUCCGUACUGUCUGCGGCGGAGCGAGCUAUUAUCGCACAGGGAAAGUCAACGAGACGUAUCAACUACAAGUCAGCGAUGCGAUUCCUCACGGUUUAAUCGUCUUUGCUCCUCCUGCUUCUCAAUUUCAGCAAACCAAGUAUACCAUCGCCUGCCCGUUGGCGCUGAGUCAAUUGAGGGAGGUGCAGGUUAGUUAUAUGCACCGGGGGUGGAUUCUUGAACAGGAGGAAGGGAACGAGACAGUUCAGGAGCAUCCGGAGGGCAGAAAGAUUCCAAGAUACAGCCUCAUAGGCAAAAACGCCUUGUUCAUGCCGGUGGGAGGAAGUAUCAUCAAGCAUCCGGAGACUGGGGGUUUGUGUAGGAUGGGGGAUCCCGUGAGGUUUGCGGCUUCGGGGGUUAAUAGGGAUGGGGAAAGGAGGAUGGUGAGGAGGAUUGUCGUUGGCGGCGGCGGAGGAGGAGAAGAGGAGACGGGGGAGCUUGCCGAGCCGGGUCCGGGUCCGGGUGCAGUUCCCGAACUCCGCUUUUUUCUUACCAGCUGGCCCGCUGCGCCCGAGUGGCCCGGUGCUGGGUCCGAUUCCCCGUUCAGCGCUUACGUGACACCAAUGGCAGCAACAACACAAUAA